AUGGAGCUGCGGUGGUGGGCUCUGCUGGCCUGUAUACACAGUUGGGAUGACCUGGACGAGUGGCACCAGGCUCUGCGCAAGUCGCACGGCCUCUCCGGCGACAAGUGGUUCAAGAUAGACCCGCACUUCAUGCCGCCAGAGUUCUGCGCGUCGCAGUCGCGCGUGCCGCACGGCGACAGCAGGGGCUGCUUCGUGCUGUCCCACGACACACCCAGCGCGCAGGCGCAGUACAACUCCACACAGGACGUCGCGCUAAUGCUUCAGGACCCCACUUUCCUGCCCUUCUUCACACAGGACCAGCGAGUCUACAUCGCGCUCUGCUUCAAGAACGCACCGACGAUGUGCGACAACUCGACGGUGGCCCAAGCGUGGCUGUCCCUGGUCGACGAGUUCAUGGCGCACCUGGCCAGCACCGUCCACAAGUACCGCCUCAACGUCGAGUUCGUACUCGACGGCGACGCCGCGCCCCUGCUCGAGAGGCCGUGCCUGUGGCAGCGGUGGCGCCCGCUCGCCUCAACCUGGAUCGAUCUGCCCUGGGAGGCGCUGUUCUACGCCAACCCCGAAUUCGCCUACGACCGGUUUCAGGUGCUGAACCUGCCGGUGUCGCCAAUCUACGAGCCGGGGAUCAACUUCGACGUGCUGUCCUACGUAGGCUACGGUCGCUUCGCCGCCAGCAAGUACCCCUUUCUCUGCUGGGAGCCCUCCGAUCAGGCCAUCCUCACCUCCGUGGUGAACACGUACAUAGGGGGCAAGAUCAUCCGCCCCGAGGGAUUCCGCUUCGCCAUCAACAUCGACCCGGUGCAGUGCCGCCUCCCUCCCAGCCUCCAUGCAUCGUCCAACUUCGUAAAUGUGGGGGCGGAGGCAUUGACGCCAACAAUCGUCCUGUGCGGCAGCGCUUUGGCUCUGACGCCGCCCGAGGCUCCGCGUGAUGUUGGCUUCCACUCGCUCGUGUUCUCGGAGACUGCGCUGGGUCAGAGCUACCAGCUGUUCAGCCACCCGGCGGCGUUCGCCGAGCCCCGGCUGCGCGCCGAGGGGCGCCUCCCCUCGGGGCUCCUUGGGCCGGCCCUCGCCUCCGCUUCCUCCGCCGCCGCUGCCUCGGCUGCCAACGCAUCGGCGCUGGUCCUGGUCGCCGACGCGGCCGACCGGUUCGCCUUCUUCGCGGCCUCCGUCGGCUCGCCGACGCUGGGCCUCCUCGCCAACGGCAGCUUCGCCGCGAAUGGAAGCACCACCACCUUCGCGGCGGCCCUCGCCCCGCUCGGGGGACAGUCGACGACGUUCAUCGUCGCGCGGGCCUACGCGUCGAGCGCGUGUGCGCUGGGGCUCGAGGCGCUGGUGGCUGACAGCUCGCGGCUGGACCACCUGAAGCCCUACGGGUCCGGCGUGUGCGUGGUCGGGCGCGGGGCGGUCACCUCGGCCAGCGUGGCCGUGCUACCGGCCAACGCCACUUCCGCUUCUUACUGCGGCGCGGCCGCCGUUGCAGUCGGGGUGCUCGCCUUCGCCACGGCCGACAAACAAAUCUCGCACGCCGCCCUGUGCCUCUCGUCAGGCGGUAGGUUGGCUAUUGUGGGGCCGGUGGUCGUGGACGUGGGCAGCUCACCGUCCGUCUCGCUCGGGCUCCAGAACGGUCGCCCAGUCGUGCUGGAGGUGCACGGGGAGGGCUACUGCUACAACUCCGAGACCAAGAACAAACGGCCCUUCCCGCGCGUAUGCGCCUCGACGCCCUCCUCGACGCCGCUCACGCUCGUCUACAACUACGGCACCCUCGACGCCUGGUUCGCGCACCUCGUGGCCCAAAAGGCGGGCUCUGUGGCCUGGAUCACCAGCUGCGACCGAGGGAUCACCCACGGGGUCUACGACAUGGGCUCAUCGCCCUCCGCCACCCUCUUCAACUCGGGGCCUGGACGAGGGCGCAGAGGUGGGCGUUGA